UACAAGCGCACGGUCAAGCAGCUGGCCAACCUGAAGCUGGCGCUGGGGGAGCUGGCGGUGAUUGGGGCGCUGUCGGCUGUGGGCACCACCAUCAAGCAGGGCGAGCCUUACAGCUACUAUGCCCAGAACUACCCCGAGGAGGGGCGCAGGGUGCUGGGCUUCCUGACGGGGCGCAUCAUCUGGGCGCUGCAGCUGGACCACAUCUACACAGCCGACUACUUCCUGCUGCUGCUGGCGCUGCUGGGCGCCAGCCUGGCGGCCUGCACCUCCACCAACCAGUGGCCCGCGGUCAAGGUGGCGCAGCGGUGGCGGUUCAAGGGGGACGCAGACGCGCUGGCACGCCUGCAGGUGGCCUCGCUGCUGCCCAACGCGCGGCUGGCAGACCUGGGGCGCGCGCUGCAGGGCCAGCAGUACCAGGUGUUCCUCAAGGAUGGCUGCCUGUACGGGUUCAAGGGCCUGGCCGGCAAGCUGGGCCCCAUCGGCGUGCACGCCUCCAUGCUGCUGUGCAUGGCCGGCUUUGCGACGGGCGCAUUGGGCGGCUUCACCGGCAGCGUGAUGAUCCCGCAGGGCAGCGAGGUGCUGGUGGCCUCGGCGCUGCGGUCGGCCAGCCCGCUGGCGUGGAGCCCCCGCGGCGCGGAGGCUCUGCUGCGCUGCGACGACUUCCGCAUCGAUGUGCGCCCCGACGGCUCCAUCCGCCAGUUCUACAGCGACGUCAGCGUGCUGGACCUGGAGGGCAACCAGCUGGCCUCCAAGACGGUCAGCGUGAACCAGCCGCUGCGGUUUGGCGGCGUGACCGCGUACCAGACCGACUGGUCCAUGAGCGCGCUGCAGCUGCGGGUGGAGGGGUCGGCGGUGGCGCCUGCGGACACCCCCAUCCAGCUGCCCAUGGCCAGCCUCAGCGGUGAGCGAGGCGGGGGGAGGCUGACGCCCCGGGGGAGGCGCAGGCUGCUGUGCAGCUUGUUACCCAGCGCUGCCACGUGCGCCCGCGCCCUGUCGUCCACUGCCGCUGCAGGCGGCGACAGCAAGCUGUAUGCCACCUUUCUACCCAUGGAGGACCCGGCGCGGGGCGCGCCCGGCGCCGCGCCCCGGGGCGUCUCCAUCCUGGCCCGCGACCUUGAGACUGUGUCGUUCUACGACAGCCGGGGCCAGUUUGUGGGGGUGCGCCGCGUCGGCAGCGGCAAGGCGAUCCAGGUGGACGGACUGACCAUCCGUCCUGAGGCGCUGCUGGGGGCCACGGGGCUGGAGCUCAAGGCGGACCCGGGGGUGCCGCUGGUGUAUGCCGGGUUUGGAGGCCUGUGCAUCACGACUGUGGUCAGCUACCUGUCGCACUCCCAGGUGUGGGCCGCGCAGGCGGGCAGCGGCGUGAUGGUGGGCGGCUCCACCAACCGGGCCAAGGUCAUGUUUGAGCGGGAGCUUGGCGAGGUGCUGGGCGCGGUGCCAGAGGUGCCGCCCGCCGCG